GCGUCCCGCGUCGCUGGGCAACCGCGGGACGCCCGUUGGCACCAGCGGCCCGCGCGCGCGCCCGCCUUCUCCGAGGCAUGAGCCGGGACUUUAAACAACAAAAAAAAAAAGAGUCCGCCCGUUGACUUGAAGUGGGCCCGGUGCGCGCGCCGGUCCGGAUUGGCCCGCGCUCUCCUCCGCCGACCAAUCCCGAAGCGGGGCCGCUCCCCUGGAAGGCGCGGAUUGGUGAGGACGCGCGUCGGAGGCGAGAAGAGGGGCGGAGCCGGCAGAGGGGGACGGCGGCUCUGGCAGUUGGGCAGGAUGUCGGCGAGGCGGCGCAUCGGGGACCCUGAGUUUUUGACCAAGAGGAUCCCGCAGAAUCCUAAAUAUCAGCAUGUAAAAACUCGCCUUGACACAGGCAGCAGUAUGACGAAAUACGCUGAGAAACUGGAAGAGAUCAAGAGAAAUUACAGAUACAAGAAAGACGAGCUCUUCAAGAGGCUGAAAGUGACAACUUUUGCCCAGUUGGUGAUCCAGGUUGCUUCUCUAUCUGACGAAAACUUAGAAGUCUCGCCGGAGGAGAUUCAAAAGCUAGACGAAGGCGAUGCUUCUCCUGCAGACAGCAACAACGCUGAAGUCGCAGCAGAGACCAACGGCAAAGACAGCCCCAAGGAGAAGCCGGCCAGCCCCAUCGUAUUCAUCAACAACGCCGGAGCUGGCGAGUCCUAUCGCUCCACCUUACAGAGCGUGAUAAGUGGCGUCGGUGAGCUGGACCUGGGGAAGGACGCCGCAAAGAAGACGGAGAUGAGUUUGAGGGCCGAACCUUAUCCCGACUGCCCAUUCCUGCUGCUGGACGUGCGAGACCGGGAGGCGUACGAGCGUUGCCACAUAAUUGGAGCUUUCUCCUACCCCAUCGCCACGCUCUCCAGAACCAUGAACCCAUACACCAACGACAUCUUAGAAUACAAGAACGCUCACGGGAAGAUCAUCAUCCUCUACGACGACGACGAGCGCAUAGCCAGCCAGGCGGCCACCACCAUGUGCGAGAGGGGCUUUGAGAACUUGUUCAUGCUCUCUGGAGGUCUCCGCGUCAUCGCUCAGAAGUUCCCGGAAGGCCUGGUCACCGGCUCCUUUCCCACCUCUUGCUUCCCGGCCGGCCAGCCCGGGAGCGCCCGGAAAAAAGCCUCCCCCAGGCAACCCCCGCCCCCACCCUCGGAAAAUAAAUGGAGAUUUACAGCAGAGGAUCUACAGAAGAUACAGUACUACCUAGAAGAGGAUCAGCUGCCUUCAGACACUGCCAGCCGCCUCAGUCGUGGCUCUUCCGCCCGAGACUCCAGGGCUGUCGCUGUCAAGAGCAGCCAGAACCUGCCGACCAACACUUCGGCCGUGGCCCUUCCCGCCCGGUCCCUCAGCAGCAGCAGCCUUCAGAACAAGCCUUGGAAAUAGACGGUGUCUUUUCCCCCCACUCAAAUAAAAAGAGACUCCCGUUCCUGGGGGCCCUUUGAUCACU